CGGAGCCAGUGGCGGUCGAUGGCCGCGGCGGAGCCGGCGGCGCGGAAGCGGCGGCCCAAGGGCCACUUCGCGGCGGGCCGGGCCAAGCGUCCCCGCGGCGGCGGGCGGCAGCUGGAGGCCGGCAUGCGCGGCAUCCUCAUCACCUGCAACAUGAACGAGCGCAAGUGCGUGGGGGAGGCCUACAGCCUCCUCGGCGAGUACGGGGACCUGCUCUACGGGCCCGAGCAGUUUUCAGAGCAGGAGGAGCGGCUGUCUGGAAGCGAGAGGGAGGAGGAGGACGACGACGACGAUGUGGAAGCUGCUUUGAAGAAGGAGGUGGGGCAGAUCCGCGCCUCCACGGAGCAGAAGCUGCGGCGGUUCCAGUCGGUGGAGAGCGGCGCCAAUAACGUGGUCUUCAUCAGAACCCAGGGCAUAGAACCUGAGAACCUGGUGCAUCACAUACUGAAGGACAUGCAUGCCACCAAGAAGAAGAAGACCAGAGUCAUCCUGCGCAUGCUGCCCAUCUCUGGAACCUGCAAGGCUUUUAUGGAGGAGAUGAAGAAGUACACAGAAACGUUUUUUGAGCCUUGGUUUAAAGCCCCUAAUAAGGGCACUUUUCAGAUCGUUUACAAAGCUCGUAACAACAGCCACAUGAGCAGGGAAGAAGUGAUUAAGGAACUGGCAGGAAUUGUGGGCAGCCUCAACCCAGAAAACAAAGUCGAUCUUAAUAACCCCCAGUAUACAAUUGUGGUGGAAAUAAUAAAGAGUGUCUGUUGCUUAAGUGUGGUGAAAGACUAUGUCCUGUUCAGAAAAUACAACCUCCAGGAGGUGGUGAAGAGCAACAAAGAGGACACACAGCAAAACCCAUCGAGUCUGAAAGGAGAACACAACUCAAAGGCAGUAAAACCAGAAACCCAGGAAGAGGAGGAGCACUCCGAAGAAGUAAAAGAAGAGAGCACAAACGAAGGUGAAAUAGCAGCUGAGCCCAAAGGGAAUGAUGUGCUGACUGCCUAGAACAUGGGGUAGAAGGGAAAGGUAAACAUGGUCAAAACCUAUUAAAGACAGUUGCCCUGGAGUUGUGAGAGGCUGUUUUGAAGAGGAGAAUGGGGCUUAUUGUGAAACCUUGGUGUUAAAAUCUGUGUGUAAGAAUCCUGAUGCUCCUUGCAGGUGGAGCUGGUGUUACAGCAGAUGCAAGAGCACUCAAGAGUGCGUCCUAACCUUUCUGGUGAAGCUUGCUGGUGUUCCACUGGGGCUUUGUUCUGCUCUGCCUUUACCUAGCACAAAAAGCAUGCAGGUGGAGAUGCUGCCAUUCUGACUUGGAUUGACUCUUUGUCUAUCUGAUGGCAGCAGAAACCAAAGGCAGUGCAGAAUCAGCUCUACCAGGCAGCAUUGACAGAAGUGAGAGAUCAGAAGAAGCCAGUUGAUUGCAGGGGGGGUUUCAGGAGGAGAACUGGUGUAACUGGAAGUCAAGGUGUCUUUUCCUGUGUGAGCUAAACCAGGUAACUUCCUGUAUGAUGGAGGGUUUCUGUAGCUAUACACACAGACACAGGUCUGCACAGAUGUGCUGGUUCUCAAAAGUGAGUGGGAAGAGCUCUCAUCAAAAUACUUGACUAGGAGACAGUGCCAGCUUUGACUGGUCUGCACCAGUAGAACAGUGCUGCAGGCAGCUUAGCUGAAACCACAGGUGUGUUUACAUGAGCUGUGCAUGCAGCAGUUACUGCUGUGUAGGAAAUGCUGUAGAGACAAAACAGAAUCUUCUUGUGUAAUUACCUGCUGCUCUCUCCCAAGCCUUCAUCCUGGUGAGGUUCAUGAAGUGCUGGUUUGGGGUUUUUUGGAUUGUGGGUUUUUUUUUUUCCCUUAGGUCUCAAAAUCUGAAUUAAGUACUGCUUGGAAACUUUGUGUGAAAGCAGCUCUCUGUUACAGUGGAUAAGGGGAAUUAAGUUCAAUUUUUGGUGCAGUUUUAGCUUUACAGUAUGAACUUUGUUUCAGAUUUGAAAAUAAGGUCAGUGGAUCUGUCUGUGCUCUUUUGUUACAGCAGCUUUUUGGGUAUCCCAGUGGCUUUAUAAAGCAACCAAACCCAGCUGGGCUAUAACCUGCUUUCCAGUGGAGUUUUGAGUAUGCUUUCUGUAACACUGCCUAGCUUCAGUGUUUCAUUUCUAGCAUAAAAGCCUGUGGGUUACUAAUGAGAGAAGACUCACCUGGAGGAACACUUGUCCUGGUUCAAUGACGAGGAUUUGUCCAAGCCUCAGUGUUUGAUUUCAUUUCCCCUUCCUCAAAAUUGUUCCAGAAGUUGGAAAAUGAAGACUGCUUUUUUUUCCCCUAGUCCUGCCUCCCCAUUUAUUAAAACCCUGCCUUCUGAUCUCCA